UUAUUCCCCGUCGUCGCGGCCGUCUUUAGUCGGACCAACAGUCUCGCCAUCAAAGUCCGCGGCCUCCAGGCUUUCGUCGUUCUCUGCGGCGGCUCCAACGAUUCCAGCGUCGACGACGGAGGUCUCAGUGGCCUGCAAGGAAGCAAAAAGUCCUCAUCAUCCAGCGCUCUCGACAAAUACACGAUGCAGGAGAAGAUUGUGCCUUUGGUCAAGGGCAUCAAGACAAAGGAGCCCGCCGUCAUGAUGGCCGCGCGCGACCUCAUGUACGUCGUCGGGCAGACAGCCGACGCCGAGUUCGUGGCCAUGGACAUUUUGCCCAUCCUGUGGACCAUGAGCCUGGGACCGCUCCUCAACCUCCAGCAGUUCCAGUCCUUCAUGGACCUCAUCAAGACGCUGUCGCGCAAAGUCGAAGACGAACAGACGAGGAAGCUACAGGAGCUCUCCGGCUCGGCCAACGGCUCGACGGCCGCUGCCAACGAAGACUUUAUGGCUUUUGGCGGCGUGACGGGCACCGCCUUUGACGCCACCAACGGCGGCAACGAGGACGAUUUCGAAGCGCUGGUCAAGGGAAGAACCGGCGGCGGCUCGUCUAGCGUCACGAGAACGCCCACGUGGGACGACUCGCCGCGCGUGGCCUCUGCCGCCGCCAGUCGAUCGUCGACGGCCACGCCCCAGACGCCGUCCUUUUCCUGGUCGACGCAGCCCACGACGAGCCCGCCCGUGAAGCAGCAGCAGCAGCCCCUCGCCCUGCAGAGCCAGCAGUCGUCGUUCCGCACCGUCACCCCGGACCUCAACCGCUUCGAGGUCAUGACGCCCACGUCGACGCAGUUCAGCCAGCCGCUGCAGCCGACGCCGUCGCAGCCCGCUUCCGCCGCGGCAGCACCCAGCUUCAGCUGGUCUUCUUCUUCCAACGCCGCGAGCACAGCAGCCAAGAGCUUCUCUCCUCCACCCCUGACAUCAAAUUACUCCUCCACAAUUUCAAACUCUAGCUCCGCCGUCCCAAUCUAA